CACGAGCCCCCAGCGCUGCACCCGACACUCUAAACAAACGCCGGGUGCAGCAAGGAGAUCACGGGGGUCCCCAGCAGCAGGACCCCCAUGAUCAGACAUCUUAUCCCCUAUCCUUUGUAUAGGGGAUAAGAUGUCUAGGGGCGGAGCACACCUUUAAGACCAGCAUGUUCAAUGAGAAUCGUGGUCAGGGUGCACAUACUUUUGACCUAAUCCUAUCACCUACCUCACACCCUGCACUAUAUCAUCCCGUAGUUACCAUCUCUCUGGGGUCCCCAGGUCUGGUCGGAGCGAUGUCUGUCGUUCCGUUCUCUGCCGGGGACUCGGUGACGUUGAGCUGCUCAGAUAAAACCAACAGGACCAGGAAUCUAUCGGACGUGUCUCUUAUCACCUGGAGGAAAGUCGACGGUUCUCGUUCUCUACAUUUUGUAUCUGACGGAAUAAAAAACAAAUCAGACUUUGUAGACCCCCGAGUCUCCUUCCUGAGCACGCUGCUCCCCCCGAUGCUCCGGAUCAGAGACGCCCGUCGGGAUGACGCUGGAUAUUAUACCUGUCAAAUUAUUACUACAUCCGGAAGAUUCCACAAAUCGUGGGCACUUCACAAAUCAGAUAUUGUUCCCGCGUCCUCCAUCCAGGUUCUUCCAUUUUCUCUUGGGGACACGGUGACAUUAAGCUGCUCCGAGGAAACCAACAUAACCGGAAAGUUGUCACUAAUCGUAUGGAGGAAAGAAAUUGGAUCUCACAAUCUACAUUAUGCAUCAGACGGCAACAAAACUGCAUCAAACUUCACCGACCCCAGAAUCUCCUUCCUGAGCGUUCGGCUUCCUCUGGUGCUCCAGAUAAGAGACGCCCGACCGGAUGACGCUGGAAUCUACACUUGUAAUAUGUCUAUGAUUUCAUCAGGAAACCUCCAUAAAUCCUGGAUACUUCACAUAUCAGAACGACUUACUGACCGCUAUGAGAUGAUAAGAUGGAUUCUUGCUGUUGGGUUUUUCACCAUUUCUUUAUUAGCGAUAACAUUUGCUACAAAGUACAAACUGAAAUGAAUCUCUGAUCCGGAUUGUUGUGUACGGAAUCAUCGCGCUGUGUGUGGUGGAUGCCGGAAGAUUCCAGAAGGUUCUGGACAAGGUCAUAUCCGGACUCAUUGUAUAACAUGUCAUAGACUGACCGCUCUGUACUCAACAUGGACGACCUGAAUCCCUAUAGAAUAAAAACGUCACAUUUUCUUUACCCCAGUCUAUCGUCACUGUUCCGACCAACUCAGCCUAUGGGCAGCCAGCCCUGUUAUGUCACAGCCCUAUAUAACACAGAACGACUUACUAACCGCUAUGAGAUGAUAAGAUGGAUUCUCGCUGUUGGGUUUUUCACCAUUUCUUUAUUAGCGAUAACAUUUGCUACAAAGUACAAACUGAAAUGAAUCUCUGAUCCGGAUUGUUGUGUACGGAAUCAUCGCGCUGUGUGUGGUGGAUGCCGGAAGAUUCCAGAAGGUUCUGGACAAGGUCAUAUCCGGACUCAUUGUAUAACAUGUCAUAGACUGACCGCUCUGUACUCAACAUGGACGACCUGAAUCCCUAUAGAAUAAAAACGUCACAUUUUCUUUACCCCAGUCUAUCGUCACUGUUCCGACCA